UCCGGGAGAGCUUGGCAGCGGGAGCCACACGGCGCUGCUUUUACUUGCUUCGCACCGCUUCUGGCGCGCUUUCGGUUACGUGGCAGAGCGGCUCGUCGGGGGACAUUUAACCUGAAGACCGCGCGCGUUUACACGAGAGCUUUGUUAUCUCGUGCGCUUGGAUAGGAGAGAUCGGACAGCUGCGGAUUCAGCCGGAGCUCAAGCUGCUGCUUUGAGUGGUUGUCGCUGGAUCCACGGGGAGCCAGAGGAGAGGUCCCGAGCUGGCGAGAGCGGCGACACGGGGACUGGGUGUCUGCGCUUUUUCUUUUUAAAACCUCUGCGCUACCAGGAACACUUUCCUGCUGCUUCUUUUAUUCUAAAAGACACGCACACACACAUAUAUAUAAUUCUUCUGUACUGCGUAGAUUGCGCAGGGCUGCCUCCUGUUUUGAACUGUUUCACUGCGAGUUGGAGAAACUGUUCGCUGCGCGGUGCGGAGUUGAGCCGUGGAUGAAACGGUGAUUUUGUGGUGUCUCUUGAUUUAAAGUAGAUCCGAUCGAGGAAAUGAUCUGACUGCUAAAACCCCAAGUUGCUGCUUUAAAUGAAGAAGACGGCGUUUAAGCUCCAGAUACAGAAGAAUAGAGCUCCAUCUUUAAGGAAAUAAAAGUGGACUGUCAUUCACACAGGCACAACCAGCACACAUCAGAGCUUUUAAACCUGAUUCAAGAAGGACUUUCGGCCAAUUUUCAGUUCAUCGGAGUUCCACAGCAAUUAUGCCGCAGGUGGACAUGAUCCUCUUCCUCAUCCUCAUCAUUGGGAUGUGCGUGUACGGCCAGGACCCUGCUUCCAAGGUGGUGUCCGACCGCUAUGCCGUCUUCUGGAACAGAACCAACCCCAAAUUCUACCGGGGUGACUACCACAUCGACGUCUGCAUCAAUGACUACCUUGACAUCUACUGUCCGCACUACAUCGGCCCAGUUGCUGAUGAUCGAGCAGAGCGCUACGUCCUCUACAUGGUGAACUACGACGGCUACAGCUCAUGCGACCACAACUCCAAGGGCUUCAAGCGUUGGGAGUGCAACAGGCCUCUGUCGCCAAACGGACCGCUCAAGUUCUCAGAGAAAUUCCAGCUCUUUACGCCCUUCUCCUUAGGCUUUGAGUUUCGCCCUGGCAGAGAGUAUUAUUAUAUCUCCUCCAUCUCUGACGACAGAGGAAGAAGGAGCUGCCUUCGACUCAAAGUCUUCGUCAGGCCUCAGAACAAUUGUGUGAAAAACUCUGGGACCGUGGAAGAAGGAGUCAAUUUUGAUGAUAAUAGUCACAACUCCCUAGAACCUGGAGAUGGUGUCAGUCACGAGUCACCAGAGCCAGCAAGAAGGGAUGUGAACUCCGCUGGACGGUGCCAGACUUCAGUUCUCCUGCUCAGCUCCACCCUCAUACUCCUGGCUGUCAUCUUGUCUUUAUAGCAGCGAGAUGUAGAAAUCAGGGAUGGACUGUCCUAACUGGAGCACAGGCCGCUCUACCCUGCAACCUCUCCCCUCAAGGAGCACUUUUAAAAGAAAAAAUGAAAUAAAUAAAAAAAAUUAAAACAAAUCACUGACAAUCUCUCAUUACAAAGAGAGAGGAAGGGACUUCGGUGCUGAAGCCUUUGAUGUUUUUUGACUUUGUAAAAUGCCAACUAGUUUGAUUUUUGACUUUCUGGCGAGUGCCGAUGGUCGUGGCGCCCCAAGGUGAAAGCGUCUUUUACCUAUUCGCCUCUCUACCAUUUAAAGUAUGCAGAUAUUACACCUUUUUUUUGCAUUUAAAACAAGCACAGAAACAUGCUUUUAAACAUAUAAACACACAGGACACAAUGUCUACACAAUCAGUACACUUUUUAACGCGAAUGGCAAAGAAGCACAGCAGGACCCCUCUGAAGUUUACAGAUGAACUCUGUUUUUUGUUUUGUUUUUUACAUUACAUAACCUCCAACAUGUAACAUGAUUAAAUCUCACUUCAACGUGGAAGAAGAUCCUGGAGCGGCACAUCGGCAAAAAGGAAAACAAAGAAAGAUGCUAUUUGUUGGAGACUGUUGGUACAGGCGUGGAGGUACGGGGCGGGCCUUUGAUGGAUUAACCUCUCUCUCAGGUUAAAAGGGAUGCAUUGUCUCAGACUGUGGAGGACCCUUUAUGAGAGAUUUAAAAAAAGGAAAAAGUUAAAGAAGCACUCAUCUUUUAGUGUUUGGAUAGGAGGCAAUUUUAAUGGUUGAUUAAUGUAUGUGUUUGUUUUAUUUUUUAAUAAUUCACAUAACUCAAUUGUAGCAGCCAACACGGGUGUACAGUAAAAUAUUUGAAUGGCGCGUAGACAACGAUACGGUCUUUUGCCUGGCGAAAUGUAUUUUCCUAUUUAUUGUGAAGUCCUUGUGCUUUUUUCUGUUCUGGUUCAGUCUGUAAGUACAGUAGAAAGGCAAUAAAAAACAAACACCCUUACCCGUUAAGUUAGUUUAUAUUACCCACAGUUAAUUUGAUACCAUUAAACAAAAAAAAAAACAACCACACAGUUUUACGUAUCUGUUUGGACUGCUCGCUGAUGAUGGUUUUUAAUUGUUUUUAACAAAGUCCGGGAAGAAGAGGGAAAAAAAAGUCUGAUGUGCUAUCAGGGUGUAGAAAUCGUAGAAUAUUUGUGUUUGAAAUGUCAUUAAAUGAAUGUCACAAAUGUA